UGAAAUAUCCUUUAACGUGUCAAUCCAGUGCCAGUUUAUCGACGGAUCAUAAGCGGAUCAAUUGUUACGACCCAAUCUUAUGAUGGAGCAGCCGUCAGAAUCCUCCCGCACUAUUUUUACUGAUUUAAUUUCGGCCGUCGACUCGCAAGGAUCUUCCGCGUGAAAUCCAUGCAUUUUAAAAUACUAAAGUUCCUCUAGGCAAAGAUAUCAGAUAUAGGAGGAUCGAGCUACCAUGCUCCGUAUGCAACUACUCCCCUCUCGAUUCUUGAAACCCUGGAGCAUCUCCUCUCGCCGGCCUGCUCUCUCGUCGGCCGCCGCCGCCGCCGCCGCCCUCGCCGCCGGACCCACCUUGGAAGAUGUCGCCGCCAACCACAAAGGUUUGGCAAAAGUUGUCUUGAAGAAAGGGAAGACACAGGUCUUUAAAGAUGGAAAUCCUAUGGUUUACAGUGGUGCAGUUGACAGAAUCAUAGGUCGCCCCCCUCCUAAGACUGGAGAUGUUGUUCUCGUUGCUGAUGGGUUGGAGAGGACAAUUGGUUGGGGUCUAUAUAAUUCGGUGUCUAUGUUCUGUGUUAGACUUAUGCAGCUGGAAGAAGAGGUGACAAAGGAUCCAAGCUAUGCACUAAACAUGGAGAAGCUGCUUGAAGCAAGACUUUAUGAUGCUAUAAAUCUACGUAGGAGCAUGGGGCUUCCUUCGCCUGAUACAAAUGCAUAUCGUCUGGUCAACAGCGAGGGGGAUAGGUUGUCAGGUUUGAUUGUGGAUGUUUUUGGUGAUGUUGCGGUAAUAGCCUCAUCGGCUGCAUGGGUUGAGAAAUAUAAACAAGAAAUUGAGUUCCUUGUUGGCGGAGUUAGAGAUGUAAACCAUAUAAAAUGGAGACCUUCUAUUGAUAUACUAAAAGAGGAAGGAUUGGAAAUCUCUUCUAAUGGGGAACAUAUCUCUUCUUCAUGCCCUGGAAGAAUAAAGGUGCUGGAGAAUGGCAUAUGUUACCUAGUCUCACUAGAUGGUCAAAAAACAGGUUUCUAUGCUGAUCAGCGUGAUAGUCGUCUCUUAGUUUCAUCAAUUUCAAGAGAUCGUACAGUGCUUGAUGUUUGCUGUUAUAGUGGUGGCUUUGCAUUGAAUGCUGCACUCGGUGGUGCUAGUAAUGUUCUUGGAAUUGAUUCUUCAUUGCCAGCCUUAGAACUGGCAAAAGAGAAUAUCUCGCUUAACAAAUUGGAUCCAGGAAAAAUCUCAUUUGUAAGGGAAGAUGCAACAGCAUUCAUGAAAAGUGCUGCUGCCAGAGAUGAAUCAUGGGAUAUAGUAAUUUUAGAUCCACCAAAAUUAGCACCUAGAAGAAAGGUACUACAAAGCGCAUCUGGCAUGUACAGAAAUCUAAACUCCUUGGCCAUGCAAAUCACAAAGAAGGGUGGUUUACUGAUGACAUGUUCUUGUUCUGGAGCCAUGACACAAAGUGGAUCGUUCUUACAUAUCCUUCAGGGUGCUGCAUCUUCCGCUCGACGAAGAAUCACAGUUCUGCGGCAAGCCGGUGCAUCAUGUGACCAUCCCAUUGAUCCCGCCUAUCCAGAAGGCGGAUACCUCACCAACAUCUUGCUUCGGGUGCUCUGAACAAAUAGUUUCCCUUGUGCAGACAACUAGAACAUGACUUAUGCACAAGUAGAUCUUCAGCUCACUAUAAACAUUCUGAAUGACACCGUGUUGUGAUGGUACCAGCUCCAGGUGUUAAGAGUGUAAAAAAAUUAUGGAAUAGUUGAAUUGUUGUGGUCCAUGUCUAAGAAGAAAUGUAAGCAUAUGCAUAUACUAAGGAUCAUAUUUGCGAGAUAAAAUAUCUUUUUUAGGUAUUGGCCGCCU